AUGCAAGAGGACUGGCAGGCCGUCGACCCCGAGGGCCUCCUCGGCCCACCGGCCGCCUUCGAGGGCCACGUGGAGGGCCUCGACCCGGAGGCCGCCGCCUCGGAGCAGCGGGAGGUCGUCGACGAGGCGCGAUUCAAGCCUAUGGCCAUCUUCGAGACGUUGAACCACGAGGGCUUGCGCGCCAGGAUGGUGGAAUUUCAGAGGCUGGCGGCCAGCGCCGCGGCGGUGCCGCGCGGCCGGGCGGCGCUGGCGCUGGCCUGCGCCGCAGGGCGCCGCCCCCAGCGCUCCGGUGGCGCGGAGGGGUCCGGGCGCGCUGGUCUCGGGGAGGCAUACGAGCCGCCCCGCCGGGCCGUGUCCUGGCUGCGCCCGGAGGACGAGGCCCUGAUGGACGAGGACGAGGAGCGCAAUGCCGAGCAGGCCGCGCGCAACCUGGAGGUGCGGCGGCUGCUGCGGCGAGGCCGGCGGCAGCGGCAAGGCAGCGCGGAGGCGGAGGCGGCGCCGGAGGCCUUCAUGGCCGUGACCGAGGCCAAGGGCGGGGCGAAGCCGGCGUCGUCCAGCUCGGGCCAGCCCCCGUGGUUUGUGGCGCGCCCGGGCAUCGACAACGUGGUGCUGCGACUGCACGAGGAGCUUCUCGACUUCCAAGAGUUCAUGAGGCACACCGACGAGGAGGCGCAGACCCGGCAGGAGUGGGUCCGCACCAUCGGCGAGACUUGCCGGUCGAUGUGGCCCUCCUGCCAGGUGCGCGUCUUCGGGUCCUUCUACACCGGCCUGUCCCUGCCGAACGGCGACGUGGACGUGGCCGUGCUGGACGUGCCGUGCAAGAACACCACCGCCAUGAAGAUGCUGGCGAACGCGCUCCUGGCGCGCGGGCAGAUUAGCUGGCUGGAGCUGAUCGAGUCGGCCAAGGUGCCUAUCGUCAAGGUGCGCUCCCAGGCCUCCGGGCUGAGAGCCGACAUCGUCUUUAACCAACCCGACGGCAUCGCCACUUCCAAGUUCGUCCGCAAGAGGCUGAAGGAGAUGCCGCAGAUGAGGCCAUUGGCCGUCUUCCUGAAGUACUUCCUGCUCCAGCGGGGGCUGCACGAGACGUACACGGGAGGAAUGGGGUCGUACUUGUUUUGCAACGUCCUGCUUCAUUUCAUGCAGAGGCACCCGUCGUUGCGAAACAAGCGAACUUACGAGGCCACGUCGCUCGGGCACCUGCUGUUCGACUUCUUCAAGUACUACGGGUCGGAGUUCAACUACGACGCCAACGGCAUAUCGGUCGUCGACGACGGCAAGGUCUUCAACAGGGCGCAGCGCGGCUGGGGCACCGGUGGCCGGAAGGGCGGCAAGGGCGGCAAGGGCGGCGGCAAGGGCGGCGGCGUGUCGCUGUGCCUCGAGUCUCCGCUGGUACCCGGCGUCGACUUGGGUGGCGCGUGCUUCAGGAUGAGCAUCCUGAAGAACCUGUUCCUGCACGGCUUUCACUGCCUGUGCCAUCUCUUCGUGCACCGCGCGCCCGCGGACUCGUCCCUCCUCUGCCCGAUGCUGCUCGACCCCGCUCACCCCGUGAUCGCCGACCGCUACCGGCUCAUGUCCGAGCAGCCCGCCGCGCUGCCCGGCGUGCCGCGGAGCGGCAGCAACUUGAGCCUCGCCGCUUCGCUGGAGGUCCCGCAGGACGUCGUGGCGGAGGACAGGGACUGCGACGGUGCCCUGCAGGAGCACGACAGCGACGUGCCGGUCUGCGUGGAGGAUGAGGAGGAUUUCGACUUGGCCGACCACGGGGGCUCCCAGGCGGCCAAGCGGCGGCGGCUGCGCCGCACCUCCCCCCGGGCGCCGCGGAGGGUGUGGGAGCAGCCUGCGUGA